AUGUCAAGAUUUCAACGCGAUCAGUCCUACAAGUUAUUGGUUGUUGGCGAUAAACGCGUUGGAAAAACAGAUUUUUCAUCGGUUAUUGGUAAUAUUUAUCCAGGAGAAUCGACAAUUAAAUUUAGUAUUGGUUACAACGUUAGAGAAGUAGAAAUCAAACUCGAUGGUGAAUGGAUUCAACUCACAAUUUACGAUAGCAGCGGUGCAAUAUGUCGUGAUGACAUCAUAAAAUAUUUUGAUGGAUAUGUACAUGGUAUUUUUAUAAUUUAUGAUGCAACAAACAGAGAAUCAUUUCAAAAUUUAAACAAAUGGUUGGAUGAAAUUAAUAAUCAUAGAUAUGAAGAUGUGAGGAAAUUGAUUAUUGGAAAUAGAUGUGGUUUAGCAGGAGAAACGGAAGUCAGUUUUAACGAAGCUAGAGAAUAUGGUAUUCAAUCAAAUAUUUCCAUGUUUGAAGUUUCUCCACAAAAUCGUACUAAUGUUGAAUUAGUAUUUCAACGUAUGAUUUUGAAAAUUCAAUCCGGCUCAACAUCAACAAUCAAUCGUCACCUUGGUCAGUAUAGAGAACAAAUUCAUUUAGAAUUUGUGGAUUAUAUAUUUGAUGUUGAUUUAGAAUUUGUGGGUAUAGUUGAUGUUAAUUCAGAUUAUGCCCAACAACAUGUGAAUGAUCAAGAUUUUCAUGAGAAUACAGAAAAUGAAAACGACCAGAGUUCGACAAUAACUGAAGAGACUUCUGAUAUGACAGUCAUUCAAAAUGUGGUUGAUCAAGGUCCUCAUAAUGAUACAGAAAGUGAACACGAGCAGGUUGCGAUUGAAACUGAUGAUAAUGCUGGUGUACGACACACUGCAAAUGAGGAUGAUGGUACAUUGAAACUUGCUCGAUUAUCAUUACCAGAGAUUCAAAUAAUCGAAGAGAAAGCUAAGCAAUCAAAUCUUAUCCGUCAUUCAAAUUUAAACAGUAUUUAG